AUGAAGCGAUUUUUCACAGGUCUCGCCGGAGGACUCGGUAGUGAAACAAGCUCGUUCCCCACCUCUGAGUCCUACGACAAGGCCAAUCAGCCUUCAGCUGAUGCCCCGAUCUUGCUGACUGUGAACAUUGAAUCGCCUCCCGUGAUGCUUUACGGGACCCCAGCGGACUCUUCUGGAUCGUUGUUGAGUGGGUUACUACAGCUGAAUGUGAGGGAUAGACCCUUUGUUAAGCCGACCGCUUCUCCAGCUCUAACUCCUGUUUCUUCGUCUUCUUUGAACAGAAGUUCGUCCUCUUUGCAACCCCCACCACCGGCUGGAUUUAUUGAUCUUGUUUCUGUGGAUAUACGGCUUGUUCAGAUCGUCACAUAUGGAAAACCGUUCCUACCGCAGUCGUCUACCAUCACGCAAUGUCCCAGCUGUCGCUCAAAAACCACAGAACUUGCUCGCUGGGACGUUUUAAAGCACAGAACGUCUUUCCAAAUGGGCACAGAACAUGGAUAUCCAUUCAGCCAUCUGAUUCCGGGCUCAAUCCCUGCCACAACAAUGCUGUCCAAUGCAGGCACAACCAUCAGGUACGAGCUGAUAACCCGAGUAUCAUACAUCAGCAGCCGUGGAAAGGAGGAGAAGAUUGUUCUGUCAUUACCCAUAAUCAUCAGAAGGUCGAUAAUUCGAGGACAGGAUCGCAAUUCGGUUAGAGUGUUUCCUCCGACUGAAGUGACCGCCUCUGCUGUUUUGCCUAAUGUGGUGUAUCCUAAGUCGACAUUUCCCGUGGAAUUCACACUGGAGAAUGUGUCUUCACCCGAUAAAAGGUGGAGGAUGCGAAAGAUGGCAUGGCGGUUCGAGGAGUCGAUCAAGAUGCGCGCGAAUGCCUGUGAUAAACACAGCACUAAGUUGAAAAUUGUGGCAGACCACUUCAAACGAACGAACAAACACAGGAAGCCCAUCACCAAGAGUGGUGGCAUGGGAAUGCCCGUGAUGAACUAUCACUUUGCUACUGCACAGAGUGUCCAAAACGACCUCGUGCCUGUGGACUCGAACGCCAACACCAACGCUCUGCAGCCGACGGGGUCAACUCGAGAUGGAGAUGAUAUACAGCAGAUAACAGGCAACCUGGACGAGACGCUGGAUCCUCCAAGUUCUCGGGUUGCUGCGGGCGCCAAUGGGCUGAACCCGCAAUUCUCCAACGACCCUGAGCCUUUGCCCCCAGUUACUGGAGAUGGCGAGGACGUACACAUGUACCAGGAAGAGAUCCGGACGGUUGCCGAGGGCGAAAUCAAGUCUGGUUGGAAGUCUGAUUUCAGCAAUAAGGGCCGGAUCGUGUUGAUUGCCGAGAUAGAUAUCAUGAACUUGGCCUCGGUGGGAUUGAACUCCGCAGUUAACCAGUUGAGGUCAAUCAACUCCAUUAACUGCGAUUCACCUGUUUUUGAUGCCCGCAACAUCUUUGGAAGCUCCAUAGCGAAUACUAGUUGCGACAUCUCUGACAAUGAGCUCGGAAUAUAUGUAUCGCACAUCCUAGUGGUGGAGGUGGUGAUUGCAGAGGAGGUCAUGCAUUCCGCAGCAUAUGGCGAGCUCCGGCCCACAGGCUCAAGAGGAAGAUCAGCUUCAGCUGGUGCAAGACAGUCUCAUCCAAUAGAAUCGCCCUCAAGACCUACAGAUCAGUCACCAAUAAGGCCCAUUACAUCUAAUGCUUCCGCGCAGAGUCGGAAUUCUACCAACUCAACUGCAAGCUCGGGUGUCGGCCCGCACUCAAGCUCGGGUAACCACGACGAUCCACGCAAUCAAAAGGUCGGUGUUCCCACUGGUGUGGCCAGAGUACUGCGGAUGCAAUUCAAGCUGGUGUAUAGCGAGCGGUCUGGUCUGGGGAUUGCUUGGGAUGACGAAGUGCCCCCAACGUAUCCUUCAGUCCAAGCAUUUUCACCACCUGCGUAUUCUCCAUCUGUCGGUGAUAAUUUUGUUCCCGAGACGCCUUCUACGCCCAGCUAUCCGGCUCCUGUGGCUGCUUAUAUUUCUCCUCUGGCGAGUGCCAACACCCCAGGAGUUUUGUACGGUCUCAAUACCACUCCAAGAAUGACACAUAUCAGGAACAUUGAUGGAAGUCUGGCUGACUUGGAUCAGAGGUUGAAUGAUUUCAGUCUAUAA